CCUGACAUCCGAGUCUGUGCCAAGCAGUGAAAAAAGACCUCAGCAAUUCCACUCUGCAAGGUGUGCUGAGACAGAUUUUGUCUUUGACAGCUUAUUUAACAUCUUGCUUUGAUGUUACGUAGCAGGUGAAAGAUAUCCAGAAUGGCAACUACUGAAAAUGCAGAAUCGGGUUUACAAGAGAGCAGAGGUGACAGCAGAACACCAAAGUCUGACACAGAAUAUCCCUUGAAAGUGCUUUACUGUGGAGUCUGCUCCUUGCCUGUAGAGUAUUGUGAAUAUAUGCCUGAUGUAAAUAAAUGUAGACUGUGGCUAGAGAAGAACUUCCCAGGUGAAUUUUCCAAACUUACUGUAGGUAAUUCUCCUAAGCAGGAUGCUGGCGGUGGUGAACCACAAACUGUAGGAGGAGGAGAGGAAGAAGAAAAGAAGAAACAGAAGAGAGGCGGUAGAGGUCAAAUUAAACAGAAAAAGCGAACAGUACCUCAGAAGGUUACAAUAGCCAAAAUACCAAGAGCAAAGAAGAAAUAUGUAACAAGAGUAUGCGGCCUUGCAACAUUUGAAAUUGACCUGAAAGAAGCACAAAGGUUCUUUGCCCAGAAGUUUUCUUGUGGAGCAUCCGUUACAGCAGAGGAUGAAAUAAUUAUUCAAGGAGAUUUUACAGAUGAUAUCACUGAAGUCAUUCAGGAGAAGUGGCCAGAGGUGGAUGAUGACAGCAUUGAAGACCUUGGAGAAGUAAAGAAGUGAUCAGUUCAAUACAAUGGACUAUAACAUAAAACCAAAUUUAGCAUAGGCAUCCAGUGCAGAAAAACACAACUUCUGAAAACAUUUUAUUUACGUUAUCGAACUGUGGAGUACCCCUUACUUUGGUAUUUUUCUGUAAAAGGCUGCUUAUUGUUUUGUUUUUUUUUGCCAAAUUUACAUUAAAACUGUACUGCAUUGUGACAUUGCUGCACUAAAGAGGUCUUUAGAUGAGUAAAGCACUGAUUUUGGUCUCGUA